UUGAACAUGAACCCGAUAUACUUUAAUAUAGGUUUCAAGCAUGUCAAUAUGUCGGUUAUAAUUAUCGGUUAAACUCGCUUUGUUUUCUUAAAACUGGAACAUGACCUUCACAGUGACAGGUAAUCACGUGACUCGUCGGCGUGCGUGCGCGGCUAGUUGCUAGCAGCUAACCAGAAAGUGGAGCGUUUACUGUUUAUUUAGCUUUUCUCGAGCAAAAAUGGCUCCGUGUACUUGCGGUUGCAGCGAGCGCAUCGAUAAACUUGACCAGCAAGUAUCAGUGAUGCGGAAGGAGAUUAAGAAUUUGAGACAGUCGUUGGACAGCGCAGUCAGAGCCCAUCGCAAACUCCUGAAUUCCAUCCAGUCUGCUGUGACAAGGGUCGGAAGCUCUGAGUCGGUUCAGCUCCACCAGGACCGUCCCAGGUCUCCACCAGAGCUCACAUUGGAACAAGGAAACAUCCAAACAGUGCCAAUUGGUUUUAUUCGUUCCUGCUUUGCUGUGAAGAACGCCACUCCGAGGCAGCCCACCAUUUGUGGCCCCUCCAGGGCAGAACUGCGCAUUGAGCAGAGAGUCUUCAAUAAUCCUGACCACGCUCUGGUGGGACUGGACCAGUACUCCCACGUCUGGAUCAUCUUCCUUUUCCACAAAAACGGUCACCUGAGCUACAAGGCCAAAGUGAAGCCUCCACGACUGAAUGGUCAGAGAGUGGGUGUGUACUCCACUCGCAGUCCUCACAGACCCAACGCUUUGGGCUUGACUUUAGCGAAGCUGGAUAAAAUAAUUGGAGACACUAUUCAUCUGUCAGGCAUUGAUAUGAUCGCCGGCACCCCAGUUUUGGACAUCAAACCUUACAUUCCAGAGUACGACUCCCCUCAUGCAAGGGCCAUUUUGGAUGUCGACCCCUGCCAGUUGAACAUUGAAGGAGCUGGUCAAACUAGUCAGUCACACCUCUGUAACAACGAUGACUCAGAGCCGAAAGAGGGGACAUCAGACGGUCAGACUGGCGAGGUGAUACCCCAGAAUUUGUCCGAAACUGUGCCUCAGUCUUCUCAGAGCGAGGACCUACUCACUGUGCUGGAGGAGGUGAAGGACUAUCUGAACCAAAGGGAGCCACCUCUGCUUGGUCCUAAAAGCAAGUUACAGAGAGUUUCAGAGCCAGAGAGGAGUGCAGAAGCGCUGCAGUCAGAGGAGCCGCUGCGCUUCAGGGAGGAAGACUACAGCACCAUUGCUAGCUGGAUCAGAGAGCCACCUGUUUCCAGUCUGGAGGUUCGCUUCACGCCUCACUCUCAGGAGCAGUUGGCUCAAUUUAUUCCAGGAACCUCGGGAAAUGGGAAGUCAAAGUUUAGGUUUCUUCGUAGCUCAGAGGAGGCUGUCGCCGCCAUCCGAGGAGUUCUGUCCGCUGACCCCCGUUCAGUCUACAGAAGGACCCGCUGCAAAGACCGACUCUUCUUCUUCACCCUGGACACGGCUGACGUCACCGCCUGGUUUGGGGAAGGAUUUGCUGAGGUGCUCCGAGUCAGACCUGUGGAGGGCGACACUUCUGUGUGAACUGAUGACAUUAUAUUGAGCAAGAGUAACUUCAGGUAUUGACAUCAGGGAGAAAUCUACACAUUUAUGACCAUGUGACUGUAAUGAUUUAAUUUUAAAUUUAAUGUUAAGUUUGCGGAUUUGAAAAUAAAACAUGUUUUGUUAACACAUUUUUUAUAUGCAUGUAUUUAUGCUGUAUACGCUUGUCAACGGUUAAGUAAGGUGAGUCUGUCUGAGGUAUUCUUGUUUAUUAUCCGAGUAGAAAAUGUUUGCACAUUCACCCUGACGCUGUCGUUUGUUCCGGCAACAGCGCCUCCUCCGGCAGAACAGUGCAGUUCUCGUCUCUGACAAUACCGCCCGCGGUGUUGUUGCUGGUUUUCAGCGUUUCCUCACUCUAGUCACUUGUAAUGUUACAUAUAAUUACAGACAACAAA